UUGGCAGGGUCCCUGGGGCUUUGGAGAUCUUUGGCUACCAAGCUCAGGCUCUCAGAGCAGCACCCCAAAAAUGAGGCCCAGCAGGGGCUGCAGUUCUGUUGGGAGUGGGUAACCCCCAAGGCAGGAUAGGGACCGCAGGUGGCCUGGGCAAAGGGGCUAGAGGCCGGACGUGACCAGCAGGCUCAGGGACACACACACACACACACACACACACACACACCCCAGGCCGGAAAGUGUCCGGAGGAAACGGGCGUCACGGGACGCUGGGGCCUGGCCGGUGCCGCCUGCCCGGUAUCCCGGUCCGGUCCGCAGCUCGCCGCCGCCGCCGCCACGGCCGCCACCGCCGCCCCCGAUGCGACUCCUCCCGCUGCUGCUCGUGGGUUUUUCCACUUUGUUGAGUUGCUCCUAUACUCAAAGUUGCACCAAGACACGUUGCCUCCCAAAUGCAAAAUGUGAAAUACACAAUGGAGCAGAAGCCUGCUACUGCAACGUGGGAUUUUCGGGGAAUGGUGUCACAAUUUGCGAAGAUGACAAUGAGUGUGGAAAUUUAACCCAGUCCUGUGGUGAAAAUGCCAACUGCACAAAUACAGUGGGAAGUUAUUUUUGCAUGUGUGCUCCAGGGUUUAGAUCCAGCAGUAACCAAGAUAAGUUUAUUACUAAUGAUGGAACCUUCUGCAUAGACAUAGAUGAAUGCAGUGAGCCAUCUGUCUGUGGUGAUCACGCAGUGUGUGAAAACGUGAAUGGUGGCUAUCACUGCUUCUGCCAACUGGGUUAUCAGACAUCCACAGGAAAGUCCCGGUUCACACCAAACGAUGGUUCUUACUGUCAAGAAAACAUAAGCACAAACUGUUAUUUAGAUAAUGCCUGUAUCGCUAAAAAUGUCAACAAAACUUUAGAAAAAAUUGGACCUAUACGAGAACCUGUGAUGUUGCUAAAGGAAGUCUAUAGGAAUUCUGUGACAGAUAUUUCAUUGAUGGAUAUAAUCACAUAUGUAGACAUAUUAGCUAAAUCAUCCUCAUUACUAGGUUACAUGAAUAACACUGUCUCAGACAAGGAUACACUUUCUAAUAAAACUCUUACUGAAUUUGUGAAAACUAUGAAUAAUUUUAUUCAAAAGGAUACAUUUAAAAUUUGGGACAAAUUAUCUUCAAGUCACAGGAAAACCCAUCUUACAAAACUGAUGCAUACUGCUGAGCAAGCUACCUUAAGGAUUUCCAGCAACUUCCAAAAGACCACUCAGUUUCAUACAAAUUCAUCUGAUGUAGCUCUCCAAGUUUUCUUUUUCAAUUCUUAUCACAUGAAACAUACUCAGCCCCACAUGAAUGUGGAUGGAGAUGAUAUAAAGGUGUUUCCAAAAAGAAAAGCUGCCUCCAACUCAGAAGGUAAUGUUGCGGUGGCAUUUUUAUAUUACAAGAAUAUUGGCCCCUUGCUUUCAUCAACUGAUAAUGUCUUAUUGGAACCUCAAAUUUCUGACAAUGCUGAAGAACGAGAAAGAGUCCUCUCUUCAGUGAUUUCGGUCUCAAUUACCUCAGAGCCACCCACACUGUACGAAGUUGAAAACAUAACAUUUACCUUAAGUCACACGAAGAUCACAGAUGAGCAUAAGGCUCAGUGUGCAUUUUGGAGCUACUCCUCUGACACCAUGAAUGGCACCUGGUCUCCAGAGGGCUGUGAGGUGACAGACUCCAAUGCGACCCACACCUCCUGCCGUUGUAACCACCUGACACACUUUGCAAUCCUGAUGUCUUCUGGCUCUUCAAUUGGUGUUAAAGAUUAUAAUAUUCUUACAAGGAUCACCCAACUAGGAAUAAUUAUUUCGCUGAUUUGUCUUGCGAUAUGUAUUUUUACUUUCUGGUUCUUCAGUGAAAUUCAAAGCACCCGGACAACAAUUCACAAAAAUCUCUGCUGUAGCCUGUUCCUUGCUGAGCUUGUUUUUCUUAUUGGGAUUAAUAUAAAUACUAAUAAGCUCUUCUGUUCCAUUAUCGCUGGACUACUACAUUAUUUCUUCUUAGCUGCCUUUGCCUGGAUGUGCAUUGAAGGGAUACACCUGUAUCUCAUUGUCGUUGGAGUCAUCUACAACAAGGGAUUUUUGCACAAGAAUUUCUAUGUCUUUGGCUAUCUCAGCCCAGCUGUGGUAGUUGGAUUCUCAGCAUCGCUAGGGUACAGAUACUACGGCACCACUAAAGUAUGUUGGCUUAGCACAGAAAACAACUUCAUUUGGAGUUUUAUAGGACCAGCAUGUCUAAUCAUUCUUGUAAAUCUCUUGGCUUUUGGAGUUAUCAUAUACAAAGUUUUUCGUCAUACUGCUGGACUGAAGCCAGAAGUUAGUUGCUAUGAGAACAUAAGGUCCUGCGCGAGAGGAGCCCUUGCCCUCCUCUUCCUUCUGGGCACGACCUGGAUCUUCGGGGUUCUCCAUGUGGUGCACGCAUCGGUGGUGACCGCCUACCUCUUCACAAUCAGCAAUGCCUUCCAGGGGAUGUUCAUUUUCUUGUUCCUGUGUGUUUUAUCUAGAAAGAUCCAAGAAGAGUAUUACAGAUUGUUCAAAAAUGUCCCUUGCUGUUUUGGUUGCUUACGGUAAACAUGGAGAACUGUGGAUAAUUACAGCUGGAAGGACUGGCAUCCAUGUUGUAGCUGAGCAGCAUAUAAAGAUGUCUCAAUGUUAUGCUCCAGUUAAUUCAUUACUAGAUAAACAAGUAUUUUAAAUUUGGGUUUUAUCUGUUUCCAGUGUAAGAAUUGUAUAUAAUAAAGAUAAACUUAUGUACUAUACAGCUAUAGUAUGUUUUACUAUAUGACAGUUAUGUCAAAAGCAGUACUGUAGAUAUUUGAAAAGUAAUUGGUUUCUCAAGAGUGAUAUCGCUGUGCCCAAGGAGAGAUUUCUUUCUGCUACAAGAAAUAUAUAAAUUUCCUGCAGGAGACCACUGGCUUGAUAUUUUGUUUUCUUUGAAACUAGUCCCCUACCACCUUGGUAAUGAGCUGUGUUACAGAAAGCAAAAAGUAAGCAAAGGAAGGGGCAGAAUAUAGAACAAGAAAAAAUAAAUGGCCAGUGUAAGAACAAGAUGUGUUUUAAAUGAAUUUACUAUUUUGUAAGUUAGAUAAGAGAUUUUGGUGGUAAAAUAAAGAAUUUGAAUAAACACAUCUGGGCAUUUUGUGAACUUUUUUUAACUUAAAUUUCUAUGAAAACAGCUAUUUGCUAUAUCUACAUUUUCAGUAUUCUAAAAUAUAACUCCACAAAUGAAAACAAAAUUAUCAGUUUUUCAAAUAGGUGAAGGUAUAUGGUGUUUUUAUACUUAUAUCACUAAUUGUGACUUCAGAUGCACCAUCAAUAAAACAUGAAUAUGUCAAAAUAUA